GCUUUCAAGACGGUCUGGCCAAGGUUUAGAGGAGUUCAAGAAUGAAAUGAUGCUGAUAGCCAAACUACAACACCGAAAUCUUGUUAGACUCAUGGGUUGUUCUAUUCAAGGGGAAGAGAAGUUGCUGGUAUAUGAGUACAUGCCAAACAAAAGCUUGGAUUGCUUUUUAUUUGACCCAGUCAAACAAAAACAACUAGAUUGGACAAGACGCUUUGAGAUCAUUGAAGGCAUCGCAAGAGGAUUACUUUAUUUGCACCGGGAUUCAAGACUUAGAAUAAUUCAUCGAGAUUUAAAAACAAGUAAUAUUUUGUUAGAUGAAAAUAUGAAUCCAAAAAUUUCAGACUUUGGCUUGGCGAAAAUAUUUGGUGGGAAUCAAAAUGAAGGGAAUACAAACAGAGUAGUUGGUACAUAUGGUUAUAUGGCGCCUGAAUAUGCAAUGGAAGGUCUGUUCUCAGUCAAAUCUGAUGUAUAUAGUUUUGGUGUAUUACUACUAGAAAUUUUGAGUGGCCGCAGAAACACUAGCUUUCGUCAUUCAGAUGACUCAAGUCUCAUAGGAUAUGCGUGGCAUCUUUGGAAUGAACACAGAGAAAUAGAGCUUGUUGAUCCUUGCAUUCGUGAUUCGAGUCCUAAAAACAAAGCUAUGAGAUGCAUACAAAUAGGGAUGUUAUGUGUGCAAGAUUCAGCAGCUCAUAGACCAAACAUGUCUGCUGUGGUGUUGAUGCUGGAAAGUGAAGCUACGACUCUUCCCAUGCCUACGCAACCUCUGAUUACUUCCAUGAGGAGAUCUGAUGACAGAGAAUUUUACAUGGAUGGCCUUGAUGUUUCAAAUGAUUUGACAGUCACAAUGGUGGUAGGGAGAUAGAAAUGGAGUCAUUCCAUUUCUGUGUCUCUUUUUGUUUGCACUUCUCUAUCACACCCUUUAAACGUACAUAGGGCUCAUUGUUUUUGCGUUUUUCCCUUUUGGCCCAACUGAAAUUAAACUAUACUAUACACUUAAAAUUGAAUACGUUGUAUAUAUCAAUUUGUAUUUUUGAGGAUCCAGAAAUGUGACUUAUUAUUACCUGGCAAAUAGAAAGGAAA